CUCUCCGAAGGUAGCAACAUGUAACUGGCCUUAGUUGGACAAAAACCACGUCAAGCGUCAAGUCAAUCGCAUGAAAUUUUCACUGAAAAAUGUCGAAAAACGCGACGAAAAUCGAAUUUUCCAAGACGUGGAAAUUGUAAACAAGAGAGUGUAUUGAUUUUGGGUGUCGCGUGUAUAUUUCGACGUCGUCAUGCGCGGUGUUGUUGGUGUUGUUGUUGUUGUUAAAACGUGGUGAUUUAGUGGAAAUUCAGCGAUAGAUGAUGAUAUGGCGGAAGUUAAACCCUUGUAUUCGACAUGUGUUGCCGUUUUGGGAUUUAUUUGUUUCGUUGUUGGCGCUACUGCCGUCGGAAUACCCAUGUGGGGGUAUUUCGACAAUCUUAGUGGACGCGGAAACGAAGAACGGGGAUACUUCGGGCCUUGGAAGACUUGCAAACUACUUUUGUAUAACAGGGAGAGGUGCGGGAAUGACUCGUCAAAUUUCAAAGCAACCAGGAUUCAUUGGAAAAUUUUAUUAUUAUUUCUUGGUAUUUUAGGGAGAAGCGUGUCGGUGACGGACGCCAGUGGUAAGCCCUACAUGCCCACGGCGUCCAACGGGAGCAUGGCUUCCAUGAACACCACUUCCACGACCAUUGGGUCCACAAAUGGGUCCACUGUGGGCUCCUCAGUGACGAGGUCGCCCCUCAGAUCCAGUUUGAAGAAGCCGAAACCCAAAGACGGGCUCGGGAUCCAAAAUCCGGGAUUUUCAGGAACCUCCCCCACUCUCUCCCGGAAUGGGAGUACGAAAAAAGUGCGGAUACAGACACACAGUACUGAAGUGUGAUUAUUUAAGUACAAAACACCCAAGCUUAAGUGCACUUAAGAAAUGUAUAUAAAAUUACAUGACGUUGUAAAUAUUUACUACUUAUAUACACUUAUUUUUUUAUUCCGUCCAGCAACCAAGUUGUGUUUUUUAUUAUUUUGUGUCUAUAUAUUUUAUUGUAACCGUUUACAAAACGGAGGAAUUUUCACAUAUUUUAUUACUGUUAUCUCGAUGUUUUAAUGGGUUGGGUUGUUGCUUACUAGAACUAGGACUAAUCGAACUUUGUUUUGUAAAUAGUCCCUCUACAGCGCUCAUUAAAUCAUACAAAAUUUUGGGCUUUUGUCAUUAUUAUUAUAACUUUGUGAUACUAAAUAGAACUGUAUCAUACGUAA